GUUAAGGUGCAAAAGCCCAUCCUCUGCCUCCUGGCUCCUAGUGGUCCUGCAGUUCAGAAUAUCAGCAGCCUCCCUCGUGCCUCUUGGAGGCCAAAAGUCCAAACAAUCAAUCUCUCUAUUUCAGGAAGUGUCCAGAAAAGAAGCUCUACACAUAGUACACGCGUACAGAGGGAGAGGGAGAGGGAGAGGGAGAGGGGGGUAAACCAAAAUAUUCCGUGGCGUUUGCGGCACUCACUGACUUCACUAGAGAUUCAAAGAUCAUCACUCUCCGAAUAGUCCCCAGUUUCGUCUCUUUUACGGACGUCGGGUAGAAUUCCUAGCUUUCUCUUGUCUUUUACUUAAUUACUUUGAAGUUUUUCUUCUCUGUCGUCGGGUUGCUCAUUUCUCAAUCAGAUACCGUGAAAAUUCUUCUGGGUCUUUGUUAAUUCUCGGAAAGAGCACCCCCCUGAAGAUACUUAUUGGGUCUUCUUCGGUAAUUGUGUGUUUUAUGCGUGAAUCUUGCUUAUUCUGAUGUAGUAUUUCGAAUUUCUAUUUGGGUCGCUCCAUUUUAUGAUUUCAUUUUAUCUUUACUGUAGCUGUCUUUGAAAGUCAAUUGGGUUUUUGUCAAUUUUGUGUCGCGUACUCGCUAUAUCUCAAAUUAAGAUAUGGGUUUAAUUUGGUUUCGGUGAUUGUUAUUUGUUGAUCCCGUAGGAUUCUUUCUCCUUUUUUUUUUUGUGGGAAUUGUCGCAAUCUUGAGCAGUUGUAGUUAUUUCUGUAAAGGUUUGGACGCUUUGAUCGGUGUCAUCUUGCGUUUAUUGAUGAGGAUGUGGUUUCAUGGAUUUCAAUUUAGGGUUUGAUUUGAUAUAAAGGGAGAGAUUGCCCUCUGUUUGGUUUCAGAGAUAAUGGAGGAAAACAAACGGUGCUUUCAAAUUUCUGGCCUCGUCUCGAGUUUCAAAAACUUAAAAAUGUGUCCGUGUUCCUAACUGUGGUCAAUUGAGUUGUGGCAACGAAAUGGAGCAUUCAUUUUUGUUUAUAAAAUGCAGACACCAGAGAUGUCCAAACCGUGCUGUCUUCUGGUUAAUAUCAAUGCUAGAGAUGGGUAUAUAUCUAAGCACUCCCAAAACUGAAAAGUUGUCUGAAGAUGGUGAGAAUGAUGGGCUUAGAUACGGUUUAUCAUCCAUGCAAGGGUGGCGGGCAACCAUGGAAGAUGCUCAUGCUGCAUAUCCUGUUCUGGAUGCUUCCACUUCAUUCUUUGGAGUUUAUGAUGGACAUGGAGGUAAGGUGGUAGCAAAGUUCUGUGCCAAGUAUCUUCACCAACAAGUUCUCAAGAAUGAAGCAUACUCAGCUGGAGAUAUAGUAACUUCUGUCCAGAAAGCUUUUUUCAGAAUGGAUGAAAUGAUGCGUGGGCAAAGAGGGUGGAGGGAACUGGCUGUUCUAGGAGAUAAAAUAAACAAGUUUACUGGCAUGAUAGAAGGAUUGAUAUGGUCUCCAAGGGGCAGUGAUGGUAAUGACCAGGUUGAUGAUUGGGCGUUUGAGGAGGGGCCUCACUCUGAUUUUUCUGGACCAACUUCUGGGAGUACAGCUUGUGUUGCAAUUGUUAGAAACAACCAACUUGUUGUUGCAAAUGCCGGAGAUUCUCGUUGUGUAAUAUCUAGAAAGGGUCAGGCAUACAACCUAUCCCGAGAUCAUAAACCCGAGCUUGAGGUUGAGAAGGAAAGGAUAUUAAAAGCUGGUGGCUUUAUCCAUGGAGGACGCGUUAAUGGCAGUUUAAAUCUUGCAAGAGCAAUAGGUGACAUGGAAUUCAAGCAGAAUAAAUUUUUGCCUGCAGAAAAACAGAUUGUUACUGCCAAUCCAGAUAUAAACACUGUUGAGCUCUGUGAUGAUGAUGACUUUCUUGUGCUAGCAUGUGAUGGUAUAUGGGACUGCAUGUCAAGCCAGCAACUGGUGGAUUUUAUACAUGAGCAGCUGAUCUCGGAAAGCAAGCUUUCUGUGGUAUGCGAGCGAGUACUCGACAGGUGUUUGGCACCAUCAACGGCUGGGGGUGAGGGGUGUGACAACAUGACCAUGAUCCUGGUGCAGUUCAAGAAACCCAUCCAGUCCAAAACUCCAUUGGCAGAGCAGCAGCCCACCGCAUCAUCUGAUGAUGCAAAACCGUCGGAGUGAAUCAAGAAAGCAGUGGGUGCAGUCCAACCAACUCCCUUUUCGUGGAAAGAUGCAGGUGGAUCCACAUUUUCCUACUUGGAAGAUUUGGGAUUUCAUGGUGUAUGUAGUUGUAGAUGGUUUAGCAUGAAAAGGGCAAUGAGUUGGCCUUCUUGUACUGGUGAUGUCCAGGUUUGACUCUGCUACAUUAUCACUAUAUUGAGCAUCAUGUACAGUUGUUUUUUUUAGACAGCCAGAUGUUUAAACUUUUGAGCAUGUUUAAUGUAAAAUUGAUGAUGAUUUCUGGGUAGACUACACCAGCAAGCAAGUUCUUCUCCCCUAUAAUUUUCAGUUUA